ACAAAGCAGGCUGACUCGCCAUUACAGAACACGAGAUUUGAAGAUUGCAUCCUGGCAUUUCUAAUCAGAUGCAAGUGGGGGAUUAUCUCGAGGUCUCCUCCAUUUUGUGCACAGCUGGGAGCUGCUGAGAAAAAAAGAAAAGGAUCGGACGUGCGUGAACGAAGUGGAGUUAGACAGAGAGGGAAAAGGGUCACCUGUGGAUAUGAGGAGGGCUUUCUAAGGAACUGCAACCAUCAGCCAACACACAGAAGGAAGAGGACAGAGUCAGCUGCAGGUAGAUCACUGUGAAGGUCUUCCAUGGCAGAGGCAGGGCGUCCCGUGUCAGAGCUGCAUCCAAUGGGAGGAACUAUCCCACUGCAGCCUAUUUUUUCCAGCCAGUCCGUGUUUGACACCACAGAGACACCCACACAAGUAACGUCACCCUCUGGACUGCCUCAACGACCAUGCUACAACUGCCAGGAGAAACCCCCCAGUGAAAUCUGUGAAGAACAAUGUCAUUCAACUCCUACUGCAGCAGAAACUGCUCAACACCAACAAAGCCCAUCUGAACACUUCCCGCUCAUCAUGGCUUCAAAUCACCCACUUCGUCCAGUUGUGACAGAAACACUUUCAGACAAUUCUGAGAUGGUUGUGAACACAAACACGAAUCAUCCUGAGACCAUCAGGACAGAGCAGAAUGUGAAGCUGGCCUCCCUGAUUGUUCACAGGAGUCACUCAGACACUUUGGCGAAAGCUGAAGUUGUUUACCACAGCAGAGACGCGAGCGUCCAAGAGGCUGAGACUCGCUCCAUGAUGGCUUGCAAGCAGCCCAUGCAGCUCCAUCAGUGCAACACUGUUACCACUAUUUGCAGUGGAGACUGUAGCUUACAGCAUCCUCAGAGGAGAGGUCUCUGCAUCUCAUCUGAUGACGCAGAUAUCAAAGCGCAGUGUCAAGGAGAAGGCAGCCCUCUUUCCACUAAAUGUGACAAGCCACACUGUUGCAGCUCCUAUAUCCACCAUGCCAAUUUUGAGGAUACAUUUGCUGCCUACUGCCAUCCGCAGCCUAUUCCAGCCCCCCCGCAGAUGCUGCCACGUCUGGCAGGCUCCAUUAUCCAGCCUCCAGCACCACCUUCUUCAGCAGGAAACCACCUUACACUGCCUCGCCUCUUCUCCUCUGUUAGUGAGACCGGCUUAGAUGCCAAACAUCUGCUGCGUUGCUGCAAUCUGAGCUGCUCCUGGAUUAGUUCACUGCCACCUGGUACUGGCCCACAAUGCUCCCAAACACACUUAGGUAAAGAUGACUGGUGCAGUACGACAACUGGCCAAGAAAGAAUCACAACACGUGACAUGGGAACUAUGACAGCCCAAAAAGUUCUGAGAGAUAUCGGGGUGCAGACGAAUCAGACCACCGGUUCUCAUCUGUUCCCUCAGAUCUAUCUGGCAGAAGCUAACAAGAGUAAGAUGUCUCCUAGCCAGACUGACAGCAACAGAGACAAAAAAGCAAGUGGUGCACCUAAGUCUCCAGUCAAGGAAGUGAAGUGGGAUGCAGAAGGGAUGACAUGGGAGGUGUAUGGGGCCUCCGUGGACCCUGAGGAGCUGGGUCUCGCCAUCCAGAAACACCUUGAGCUGCAGAUCAAGGAGACAGCAAACCGUGCGGCCAAGCUCUCACAGCAAAACCCCUCCCAGCAAGUCAGGAAUGCUGGCUGUCACAGAAAAAGGAGGAUGAUGGGCUACCUCCAGUCUCCGGCUUGCUGCAGUUGCAGCUCUGCAGCUGUUGAUUAACUGAGCACCUGACAGAUGGACAGGACCUGAACACUGUGCUUAGCAGCCACGAGGGCUGCUCAUAGCGUCAACCUCAAAUGUCUGGAUGAUAUAAGACAAACCUCUAUACCAAAUCGAA